UUAUCUCAGCUCCUUUUCCAGAGGAAAACAAAGCCAGUUAACGCUGGAAGUCGGUGAAUUAUCAUAAGAAAAUAGUGCCGUUACACGAUUUGUAACCGCACACCAAAGCAACACGACAACAUCUAACGGCAGUGGAAAGCUUGAAGGUCUAUCAGCUCUCCUCAUGAUAUAUCAGCACUAAGAGGACUUCCAUACUUGCUAAGGAUGGCUAGUUGUGGAGAGGUAGACCACUCUGUUAGCUCACUUCCAUCCAGUAAGAAAGGCAGCAACAGUGGUGGUGGAAGUGGAAACAGUGCAGAAUCCUCAUGCUCUGGCUCCAGCAACUCGUCCCCAGCCCUGUCUGUACCGGAGUGUGCCAUCUGUCUGCAGAGCUGCGUCCACCCAGUCCAACUGCCAUGCCAUCACGUCUUCUGUUUCCUAUGCGUGAAGGGAGCAUCCUGGCAGAGCAAACGCUGUGCUCUCUGCAGACAGGAAGUACCGGAUGACUUCCUGGAAAGGCCUACACUUCUCUCUCCGGAGGAGCUGAAAGCAUCUGCAGGAGGGCGGGGUGGAGCAGCAAGUGAUCACGCCUGGUAUUAUGAAGGCCGCAAUGGUUGGUGGCAGUAUGAUGAGCGAACCAGCCGCGAGCUGGAGGACGCUUUCUCCAAGGGCAAGAAAACAGCUGAAAUGCUGAUUGCUGGUUUUUUGUAUGUAGCCGACUUGGAGAACAUGGUGCAGUACAGGCGCAAUGAGCACGGUCGUAGACGCAAGAUGAAGAGGGACGUUUUGGAUAUCCCCAAGAAGGGAGUGGCAGGACUGCGUUUGGACACUGAGGGUGUUACUGGGGCCAUAGGGGCAGCAGGCCGGGAAAACUCUGCUGAUGGGGCGGAUACCACAGUAGCAGGCGUACAGCAGCAGGUCACAGGUAUCUCCUCUACCGUUACAGCCCCUCCAGCCACUGCCAGACCUCCCACCUCCCUCGGUGGUCAGCCUGGCAGCAGCAGCAGCCCCACGCUGGAAGAUGCUCUCUCCCAACUGCAAAUCAGCCCCAGGCCCACAACUGCUCAUGAGCGGUCUGAGGCUGGGGAAGGGGAGGAAGAAGAUGAGGAAGAGGAGGCGUCACCCUCCAGGUCCUCUGACCCUCACACCUCUGUGGACGAGUCGGGCUCUGGAGACUGGAGCGAUGACGAGGAAGAGGAGGAUGAAGAGGAGGAGGGGGGAGAUGGAGAACGUGUAGAGCCCUGGGAGGACAGGCCACGGAGGCAAAGACUGAAUCCAGAGGACAGAGCCCCUCCUGGUGCAGAGUCUGCCUCUCCUUCUUCAUCCAGUAGCAGUGGAAGGUCCAGAAUGCCUGAUGGCCAGUGUACAGUGACUGAAGUGUGAAGUCAUAAAUGACAGCACCAUCACCAAAUGGCUAUGUUCCAUUUCAUUAAUUUAUUCCUCGCUGUAUGCUGUCGUUCAUUCUGUCAUGGAUCAGAUGUGGGUGGAUUGCUCGGUAAAAAAGAAAUUAAGCGAAACAUGCUCCAUGUUUUUAGGUAAACAACUCAAUUUUAGCAAUCAAAUUUGGUGCCUCAGUGUGGCUCACAACACUCUGGAUGUAUCUGUAUGAUCUGUUUGUAUAUACCCUGCCAGUAGAAGUAAUGCUGGGUUUUAUGUUCCAGUACUGAGCGUGCUAGCACUGAGACAGGAAGGACAGCGUGGUAGUGAGUCAGAUGGAUACAGCAUGUUGUCGUGAGCCCUGAUAUCUCAUAAUUGUCUGUCAUGUGAGGUAGGUGUAGCAGACUUAUUGUGGUGUUUAGCUGCCAUCAGUCUGCUCACUUGUUAACAUUUGGUUGCAAGCAUUUUGAGUGUGCUUUUUGAAUUCCAGAAAAGUGGAGGUAAAAAUGGACUCACCACCCUGCUUCUGCCUGUCUUCUGUAUUCUCGUGUUGAAAUUGAAUAUCCUAAUGCCCAGAGGUUUUCUUGGAGCCAGAUCUGUGACAUUGGAGGGAUAAAGCAUAAAUGGGGAUGUUACUCCUGGAAAUGGAACCGUGUCAUUAUCAUUAUCAUCAACAGCUGCAUUGUAAUCAUCUACACCUUAACUCUCUCAGCUAACAUAGCACGCAGAAACGGGCUCGUUAGAGCUCAAGUCAUCUGACUACUCUUGCAAAGAAUUUAAUUCUUGAUAACUUGUUCCCAACCUACCUAAAUAAUUUCAGAUUUAAGUGAUUAUGAAGUGUUUCCUUCAGAAUUCUUACAUUUAACUGUUUAACUUUGGGAAGUGUGUCAUUUCAGAGUAGAUUGAGGUUUGAAGGAAACUUCAGGUUGUUUAUCCAGACAAAGAGAGAAGAAGCACUUUGCUAUAAAGCAUUGUAGGCUUUGUAAGUACACACUUAAUGUGCUUCAACAUUGUAGCUCCAGAGCCCACAGGAUUAUCUGGCUACCUGCCGAUGGUUUGUCUUUUUAAUUGACCUACAGCUUCUAAAAUCUGUGGAAAUUACAAGUCCUGUUUUAAAUAAAUGUGUGUAAUAGCAGUACAUAUCAGAUUUAUUUUAACAUUUCCCAGCUUUAGGUAAUUGGCAUUUUAAAGUGAAGUAUCAGUGUUUUCCUUCUAAAGCUGCUGAGGCCUCUGUAGCCUCAUUAGUAUGCCUGUUGUCCCUGACUGAAGUAUUCUCAAUUGGUGUGUUUCUAAAGCUUGUAAUUUGUGCAUGUUUGAAGAGAGAGUUAUUUUAACACUACUGGUUGGCAGGAUGAUGAUAUUUUUUCUGGUUGAGUAAAUGUUUUUAAUUUGUGUUUUGUUUUGUUUUUUUGCGUUUCUUAUGGCUGUAAAUCCUCUUAUGUAUGACGUCUGAGGCAGUAAGAGAACAAGAGCGUGCUGCUGCUGUUGGCCAUCCUGCAGAGAUUUCAAGUUCGGUUAUUUUUAUAUUUCUUACAUGCUUACAUCAUCAGCUCAGUCUUAGACUUAACAUUCUAAUGAAUAAAGUUUGUGUAACUGUUUUUGCUUGGCAACUUUUUUGUUACAUGGUUUGUAAUUUAAGAAUAAAUUGUGUCAUUUUAUCAUCCUAAAA